GAUCACUGCUAUCCUGGACCUGGAUAUGUGGCCAGUCAUGUCUGCACUGCGAGGAAGAGGAAAGCUGUUAAGUCUUGUUUAUCCUGCCCUGCUUCCUACUGUAGGGCUCACUUACAACCACCACCAUUAAAGAAGCACAAGCUGAUGGACCCCUCCAAGAAUCUCCAGGAGAACUUCUGCUCCCAUCAUGAUGAGGUGAUGAAGAUCUGCUGUUGUACUUAUCAGCAGUGUAUCUGUUAUCUCUGCACCAUGGAUGAACAUAAAGGCCAUGAAACAGUCCCAGCUGCAGCAGAAAGGACUGAGAAGCAGAAGGAGCUCCAGGAGAGACGACAACAAAUCCAGCAGAGAAUCCAGGAGCAGGAGGAAGAUGUGAAGCUGCUUCAACAGGAGGUGGAGGCCAUCAAUGGCUCUGCUGAUAAAGCGGUGAAGGACAAUGAGAAGAUCUUCACUGAUCUGAUCCAUCACAUCCAGAAAAGAAGCUCUGAUGUGAAGCAGCAGAUCAGAUCCCAGCAGGGAACUAAAGUGAGUCGAGUCAAAGAGCUUCAGGAGAAGCUGGAGCAGGAGAUCACUGAGCUGAAGAGGAAAGAUGCUGAGCUGGAGAAGCUCUCAAACACAGAGGAUCUGUACCAGUUUCUCCAGAACUACCCCUCACUGUCAGCACUCAGUGAGUCUACACACUCAACCAGGAUCAAUAUUCGUCCUCUGAGACACUUUGAGGAUGUGACAGCAGCUGUGUCAGAGCUCAGAGAGAAACUGAAGAACAUCCUGAGGGACACAUGGACAAACAUCGCACCUGCUGUAUCUGAAGUGAAUGUCCUACAGUCAGAAUUAGAACCAAAGACCAGAGCUGGAUUCUUGAAAUAUUCACGAAAAAUAACUUUUGAUCCGAACACAGCACAUAGGAAGUUGUUAUUAUCUGAGGGAAACAGAAAGGUAAUGUUAAUGGGGCAGCUUCAGUCUUAUCCUGAUCAUCCAGACAGAUUUACUGAUCAGUAUCAGGUCCUGAGUAAAGAGAGUCUGACUGGACGUUGUUACUGGGAGGUGGAGUGGAGAGGAGUAGUUCGCAUAGCAGUUUCAGCCAAGAUUAGCAAUUGUAUAAAGAGAUCACAAGGAAAUUUGUUCGGAUUCAAUGACAAAUCCUGGUCUUUACGCUGUGAUGUAAACAAUAACCUGUUGUAUCACAAAGGCAUUCAAACUAAUGCUCAAGGCUCCUCCAGAAUAGGAGUGUUUCUGGAUCACAGAGCAGGUACUCUGUCUUUCUACAGCGUCUCUGAAACACUGACUCUCCUCCACAAAGUCAAGACCACAUUCACUCAGCCUCUAUAUGCUGGGAUUCAACUUAGGUCUUACCUGGUUAACGGAUUACCAAAUAGAUCCUUUGCUAAGUUUGUUAAGCUGAAAUAG